ACCUACCAUUUGGAAACAUGCCACGUUGAUGUAUCCAUUAUUGUAUUAAGCCUACCACUGAGUGCGCGUGGCCAUCGAGUGUCUUGGUUGCAGGUAAUCUCAUAGUGUACAUCGCAUCCAGAGUUCCAGACUAGUGCCUAUCUGCCAGAGCCAACAUCGAUCUGAGCACUUUUAGGAUUUAGGGCUCUCCUGCAACAAACACGCACGUUCAUGGAGGACGCCAUUCCUCCCAUUCCGGCGACCACAAGGGUUGCUGUGGUGACCGGUGGCAACAAAGGGAUCGGGCUAGAGGUGUGCCGGCAGCUGGCCAGCAAUAAGGGCCUUAUCGUUGUCUUAACAGCCCGGAAUGACCAGAGGGGCGCAUCCGCCGUCCAGAAGCUCAAAGAAGCAGGACAUUCUAAUGUCAUUUUCCAUCAGCUGGACACCACCGAUGCUCUGAGCAUCUCUCGAUUGGCUGAUUUCUUGAAGAGCCGUUUCGGCAGGAUAGACAUCCUGGUGAACAACGCCGCACUUGGUGGUGUUGAGUACGUCCAGGAUCCUGCGUAUAGUUCAACAUCCAGCGAGCUAGAGCUGCGUGGCAUGAACAAGCAGCAGAUGGCAGAAUGGAUGUUCUCAAAGGUCAAGGAGACUUUGGACGCCGCUAAGGAAGGUCUGCGGACCAACUACUACGGCAACAAAGCUGUAACCCAAGCCUUGCUUCCCCUGCUCAAAGCUUCCUCCGAUGGCAGAAUCGUUUUCGUCUCCUCUGACUACGGGCUGAUAGGGCAACUCAAAGACGAGGAGCUGAAGAAGGAGCUAGACGACAUUGAGAGGCUCACGGAGGAGAGGCUGGAUGAGAUGCUCGCCACGUACCUCAAAGACUUCGAGGCGGGGGCGUUGGCGGCGCGCGGCUGGCCGACGAAUUUCUCAGCGUACAAGGUGGGCGCCGUUGCCAUGAACGCCUACGCGAGGAUCACCGCGAGGAUGCACCCCGAGCUGCGCGUCAACUGCGCCAACCCUGGCUACGUGAGGACCGACAUGUCCGUGUACUCCGGGUCGCUGACGCCGGCGGAAGGCGCAAGCAAUCUGCUAAAGGUGGCGCUGCUGCCGGAAGGCGGGCCGACCGGCUCCUACUUCAGCGACGGUCAGGUUGCGUCGUUUGUGUGAUGCAGCUCAUCGCCGUUGGUUGCCAUUGAUAUGGGAAUAAAGCGUGUUGGUGCGCUGCUGUGGUAUGCUGCUUUCAGAAUUCUAACAAGGAUUCAUGUUGCUGCUGGGUCUUAAUUUCUUGUCUGCAGCAUGCUUCGCGCGCUCAUACAAACAAACUAAAAUAUCUUUCCUGUUAUGAAAUAUUGUUAAAGUGGAUAUCCUAACCCCUAUAUACUUGUUAUGAAAUAUUCAGUGACGUGUAUGUCCUAACCCCCAUCGAAUCAAAGCUUUAAGCUCUCUGUUAUAAGAGUA